AAAUGGCGGCCGUGGCUGCAAAGCCAGGAGCUGCGGCGGUUCCGACGACAACAACAACAACCGACGAGGGCCCGUCAGAGCCGGGCCCGGCCGGACCGGGUCUCCCUGGAGCCCCUGCGGAGUGUGAGGGACUGCGGGAGCCUGGGCCGUCUGGGGACCUGGCUGCGCUGCGGGCGGAGGACGGAGGAGACGCGGAGGGCCGCCAUGUCAAGACGAAGCUGGAGCCCGCGGAGCUAGAGCCUACGGCGGGAAACGCGCCGCCGGAGAGUGUCGCUAGCGACGAACCGAGCAGCACUGGGCCGCCGGACUGGGUCGCCGUAGAUCGGUUUUCCCCCGGGCUGCCGGCGGACCCGGAAGGUGGUGGAGACGUGUCUGCGCAGGAGGCGUACCGCGGCCCGGACCCGCAGCCCUCAGCCGUUUUCCUACACUCCUUCCCGGCUGCGCCGUCCGUCACCGAGGCCGGCCUUUCUCUGGCCGAACCGGCCGAGCCCACCACCAACGAGACUACAGACCGAGCCGAGACCGCGGGACGGGACCGGGUCUACACGACCCUGGCACCGGAGGAGCUUAGGCCCGGGCCCUCUGAGGAUACUGUGCUGGACGGAAUCGCGGAGGGUCCGGAACCGGACCCAUCGGGGCCAGAAGAACCGGGGGCCCGUGGUCUGAGGGACUCCUCUCCGCCCUGCCGUUCACCGAAGCGACGGCUGCUGACGGACGCCGCAACGGAGGACUGCCCCGGAACCGGACCCGCCUCUGUGCUGGACCUCAGUCCCGGGUCCGAGGUCCGAGUCUGCCUGGAUCACGUCAUCGAUGACGCGCUCGUGGUGUCCUUCCGGCUGGGAGAGAAGGUGUUCUCCGGGGUCCUGAUGGACGUUUCAAAAAGGUUUGGCCCGUAUGGGAUUCCCAUUACCGUGUUUCCACGCCGGGAUGACCGAAGUCGACGUCCAGUGUCUCUCCAGCAGCCUCUGCCAGUUAGCAACAACAUCCCACCCACCAAAAAGGAAGAGGAUGCUGCACUGCCCCCUCCUCAGGACUGGACCUCUAAACCACCGCCGCUGUUUCAGGAGGGGGCACCAUACCCGCCACCAUUGUUCAUCAGGGACACCUACAACCAGGCCUUACCUCAGCCGCCGCCACGCAAGAUUAAACGGCCGAAGAGACGCUACCGCUGUGAGGAGCCCACCUCUAUCAUGAAUGCCAUCAAGCUCCGCCCCCGCCAAGUGCUCUGUGACAAAUGCAAAGGGGUGGUGGCAUCAGGUGGGCACCGGGAGGCACGGCGGGGCCAGGUGGACCUGAGGGGCGAGGAGGCUUCGCGGCGGCGGAAGGCAACAGAAGGACCAAUCUCCGCCGAGGUCAAGCGUCUGAGGAGCGACGACAAAGGAGGACGGCCAGCUGCUGACCGGCGCUCCUCAUCAGGGAUACGUGUGUCAUCUUCAUCACCAUCCUCAUCCCGCCGUGUCCUGAGGGGAGUGGCCUCAUCAUCAUCCUCAGCAACUGCGAGCCGCAUGCGCCUGAAGCUGAACUCUAAGAAGGUUCUGACCAAAGGGUCAGCUGACCGCUCAAAGGCGCGGCAGGUGCUCAAGACGCUGGUGAGGAGCUCACAAACGCCACCCCCACGAAGGCCCAAAGACCAGGACCAGAACCAGGACCGCCCCAAAGCUGUGACCCGAGCGGCAGCCCUGCAGAACCACAACCAGAAGGUCCACUUCACGCGCCGCCUGCAGCACCUCAGUGGCACGGCCACCAGCACGCCACUCCCACCCAGAAUGCGCCUCAAACCCCAAAGGUAUCGUACCGAUGACAGCCAGGCGCCAAGCUCCUCCUCCUCCUCGUCCCUGCCCAAACACAGCACUCGCUCGUCGCCUCCCAAACCUGCACUAAUCUCCACCCCCACGUCAAACCCAUCCACAGCCCAACCCCCUGUUCAAGUCAUUGCUCCUACCCCAAUGCCCUCUUGUGCAGGAAGCAUUGCUGUGGAGAUGCAGGCAGCUCCUGAGGAGGGAGUAGGAGGUUCUCCCUCCUCCUCCUCUGUAGACUCUGCCCCGUCAGAGUACAGCUCCACAGACACCUUUGAACUCCCCCCUCCAGGAGACCCGCCCUCUUUCUCUUCUCCUCCCCCUCACUCCCCCUGUCCCUCUUCAGCACCACAGUGCCCACCCACCUCCCCCCCAGCCACCCCUCCCCUCAGAGCCGAUGCCGAAGAGGUGCAGGGCGGCGUCGAGGAGGAGGGCGGUGACCUGAAGAGGCGCCGUAAGUCUUCCACGUCGUCUUCCUCCUCCUCCUCGUCAUCCUCAUCCUCUGUCUUCUCAAAGUCUGUUUCUAAAUGUCCACUCCCCGACGGCCGCACCGUGUGCGUUGGCGACAUUGUGUGGGCGAAGAUCUACGGCUUCCCGUGGUGGCCGGCGCGCGUACUUGGCAUCACGAUAUCACGGCGUGGCGAUACGGGGCUGGCAGUGCGACAGGAGGCGCGGGUGUCUUGGUUUGGCUCACCCACCACGUCCUUCCUGCCGCUCUCCCAGCUGUCGCCCUUCCUGGAGACAUUCCAGUCACGUUUUGACAGGAAGCGGAAGGGCCCGUACCGCCGUGCCAUCGCUGAGGCUGCCAGCGCUGCCAAGCAGCUCACGCCGGAGGUCCGAGCACUCCUCACGCAGUUUGAGACGUAGCAUUGGCUGCUGCCAACCCACCCAUAUACAGACCCUUUCCCCGCCCCUUUCACACAAACCCUGUCCCUUCAGAGGAGGUGGGAGGAGCUAGAAAUUGACUGACAGAUAAUGAUGUUUCUGUUUCAUAUUUGUUGGGGGGGGGGGGCUGUCAGGGAGCAGGGCAUAUUUGCAGAUUUCUCCUUAUCUACAGUCAGUGGUGGUGUUUCAACUUGCCACACCGCCACAAUUACUUAUAGCAUGAUGAUGUCACUGAAAUAGGAAACGGAAAUGUUUUUGUAAAUAAUUCAGCCUGAUGAUUGGCUGACAGAGCAAUGAUGUCACAGUAUUAAUAAACACUAAUUAAGCUUCUCAUAGUGAUCUGAUUGGCUGAUGGCGGCUUGGCAGUGUGAAACGCUGCAGUGGCGUCACUUCCUCUUGAGAAACAGACUGAAAACUUUGUUUUUUUUUUCUAGAAACUUCGUUUCCGUUCAAAUGAUUUUAAAAAAUGUGAACAAAGUGAGGUCCAACCUGCGGCCCGGGGCCCCGAGCACAGCCAUGCUGAGCCGCCGCCAGUGUCAGAACAUUGUGUUUGAGACCCCGAGCCGCUUGGGUGGG